GCUCCGCGGAAUCGGGAAUUUCUUUUUACAUUUUCCUUUUGUUACCGCGGCGAUCUUGCUUUCGCCCUCGUUUCGUGUAUCAAUUUGUGCGCGAUCUCGGACGGCCGUUCGUGUUGUCGAGUGUGUGUGUUCGGUGAUCCUUUGCCGUAAACCUGUUGACCGGAGGGGGAACGAGUCGACUAGUUUUUCGUCUGUUAACGACUAUUCAUAAUUAUUCGUUCGUCUAGUUUGUAUUUCGUAUACUGUGGAAUCUCGGGGAUAACGUUCGCGAUUGUUUCGGUCCUCUAAAAGAGGGAUGAGCGUAACGAGAAUAUGUUUAUAAAUUGAUUUUAACGCUGGAGAUGACGUUCCUUUGAAACCAUAUAAUAUUAUUAAGCCACGGGGAUCAGCAUACUCGUGUCGUUCUCCAGAUUGCGAAAUACGGUUGGUACAUUCGGCGGCGGAAUGGAAUAGGAGCGUGCCCCGUGGACGAGGGGAUGAAGAGCGCAUCGAGACAGGAGCAACGUCCUUGACCUCGGUGACCAUAAGACAAGAUGGAUUUGGAUAAGGGAACGUGGAAACGCGCCGCGAUUUUCGUUAUCGCGGCCUGCGUCGUGAUCGGCACGGUGCAUUCAGAAAUCAUCAAGGACUCGACAUCCUGCAGCCGAACGAAAUGCAAGGUGCCAGCGAGCAGGAAGUUCAAGUACGAGGAGGGCGUUCAGUACAGGUACAGGUAUUCCGUGAACGUGAGCACGAACCUGGGCAGCGAGAGUCUCUCAAGUCCUCGGAACGAAUCCACGCUGUACCUCGAUGCGUACGUCGUAGUCCAUUUCACCAGCCCCUGCGAGGGUAACCUAAGGUUCUACGACGCGAGACUGGGACACGAGCCCGGAGAAAGGAUCGCUGACGCAGAGUUCAAUCCGAACUUGGCUCGCUACAACCUGCGAUUCGCGUUUGACGAUGGCAGGAUCGACGAGUUGUGUCCUCACAAGCACGAGCCAGCCUGGGCGCUGAACCUGAAGCGAGGUGUCCUCUCGAUGCUUCAGAACAACAUGCGCAGAUUCGACGUGGACCAUCGAAUAGAAGAGCUAGACGUGAACGGCCUGUGCGAGACGAACUACCGGCUGCACGAGGCUAGGCACACCAGCUUGGUAGUGAAGAAGUCGAAGAACCUCUCGAACUGCGCGUACGGCUCGAAACACUUCUCCGUGAUCCAGUCGAACAUGUACAGAAGCCCUAAGUCAUAUCCAUCGAGGUAUCCUCUAGUAGAGUCCCGCAGCGAUUGCGAGCUGAUCAUCGAUCACAACGUGUACGAGCAGGUCGUGUGCAAGGAUUUGCACCGGUUGCAACCCCUGUCCAGCGGGAAGACUGGCGCGAGAACGGAGUCGACCGCUGAACUUCGGUUGCUGAAGGAAACCAAAGACAACUACUCGAACGAAUACGGCAACGAGGCUGAAGAAGAGGAUGAAGAGGAGGAGGACGUGCAGAUGGAUCGCGCGAGGAGGACGACGCUGCUGUACGAUUACUCGAAGACCGCGAAGAACGCGUACUGGGAGCGAAGAUCGGCCAGGGAUCUGCUGAGGACCAUGUGCAGGCUAGGGGUGGGCGCCGAAGAGCUGCAGCAUCGGUUCUCUGAAACGUUCACUGCGUUCAUACACUCUGCUAGGCUGUUGGACUACCCGUGGCUCUCGCAGUUGUUCGCCAGGGCGAACACUUACUGUAAGACUGGAAAGAAACACAUAGUAGACGCUCUGCCCUUCAUAGGCAGCAAUGCGGCCGUGAGCGUGAUGAAGGAUUUGAUUAUGGAAAAAUACGUGGAUCAGAAGAUGGUGAACGACUGGGUGACAGCGUUCGCGUUGAUCCCUCGGCCAAAUCAGGAGACGAUCAAAGCUUUGUCACCUUUGUUGGAUUUCCAGCAACAAAUCCCGGAUGCUCAGUUCGUCCUGAGUUACUCGGCAACGAUCCACGCUUUCUGCACCAAUUAUGGGACCUCGUGCAGCGACGUCCAACCUGUGUCUCAGUUUCUCACGUACUUGGAGCAGAAGAUCCAAAAGGGUUGCAUGCCUCAACCGCAUUCUCCUUCUGCGAUUAAGGACACAAUGGAAGCCCUGAAAGCGAUAGGAAACAUGGGUUUGGAAACAGAUAGCUUGUUGGGAAGCCUGAAACAGUGCAUAGACGAGUCAAGCGGAUUCGUUCCGAUGGAGAUUCGCGUAGCAGCUGUUGAGGCUCAUCGCAGGAUGCAGUCCUGUGAGAAGACCCGCGAUCUAUUCUUCUUGGAUUACUACCGGAACUUCACCUUGAAUGCAGAAAUACGUAUCGCCUCCUACUUGCAGGUGAUACGUUGUCCCGAUUACAAUGUCAUUAAAACCAUCAAGCACACAUUAAAAACGGAGGAAUUCAAUCAAGUCGGAACGUUUGUCUGGAGCCACCUGACGAAUCUCUACCGUUCCGCGUCACCGACGAAGGUCGAGGUCCAGAGUCUGCUCACCGACGACGAUCUCGGGAACAAAUUCAACGGAGACAGAAGAAAAUUCUCCCGCAAUUACGAUGGAUCGUUCUUCUCCGAGGAGUACAACGUCGGCGCGAAUUACCAAGGGAACCUGAUUUUCUCACCGGACUCGUAUAUACCGCGUUCAGCGACAUUUAACGUCACGUUCGACCUCUUCAGCGAGUCCGUGAACGUUUUCGAGUUGACAACUCGGUUCGAGGGGCUCGAGUACUACGCGGAAAAGUUCUUCGGGCCCGAUGGGCCGUACAGUAACGAAAAAGUGUCGGGAUUCUUUAAAACAUUGCUGAGGACCGUUAGACAGGCGCCAGAAGAGGAAGAUGACUACUGGAAGCGGGUGAAGAAAUUGCCGAAUGUCAUUGAAAAUAACUUCGACAAUCCGAGGAUCAGUCUUAGUUACAAAGUAUUUGGAAAUGAUUUGAAGUACUCUGUCUUAAACGGCGACAAGGAAAUCAGAGAAGCCUUGAUGCGUUUAAAUCCGUGGGAGAAAUUCAAGCAAAUGGCUUCUGGAAAGGAAAUUCAUUACGAGAACGCGGCGAUGUUCUUAGAUUCCACUUACGUGGUACCGAUGGCAUCCGGCCUGCCGGUGCGUCUAGAUUUCACUGGAUCCGUGGCGUGCAAUUUCACGAUAUCAGGGUUACUCGAUAGCAAGGGAAUUUCGAACAAUAAUAUUGAGAUCGUCAGCAAUAUCAUGCCCAGUGUUAGCGUCAACGUCGUCGGCAGCAUGGCCGUAGACGCGUUCUACACCACCGCGGGCGUAAAAUUGCGUUCGAACGUCUACUUAUCCGGCGGAGUUCAGCUUCACUUGGACGUAAAGGGGUUGCGCUCGGUUCAAUUGAGCUUGGGCCUGCCGAAUAAGAAGAUGGAGGUGUUUUCUAUCGGCACCGACAUUUUAUUUACAUCAGGGAACGCCGAGAAAUACGAAGAAAAGCCGCUCGGCGUUUUAAUCGCCGGUCAAAACGACAAUUCGAAGAAAACUGUCGUGCCUGCGAACGUAAUCAGCAACACGACUUGUUCAUGGACCGCCCUCGACAGACUCGUGGGGUUGAAAUUGUGCGUUGAUUAUCAGUUGUCGAACGUAACGAAGGAUCCUAACGCGCCGUACUUCGUUCUAAGCGGUCCCACAUUGUUCAAGAUCUCUUUAUUGAAAGCUGACCCCACUGCCAAGAACUACGUAUUGGAAUACAAGUGGAAUAAAACGGAGAAACAGAACGUCUUUAGAGCUGCGUUCGACACACCGGGAUCGCAGGUGAACAGAGAGUUAAGCGCGACCGUCUCCUUCGACAGGACAUCUCACAAUGUCACCGUUGUCCUGCGAUCUGCUGGGAAUUCUAUAAUGGCGGAAGGUACCUACAAGAGCACCGAGAACGAGACGUUCAUAGACAUAAGCUUUGACAUAAACGGCACGAAACACUUUGACGCCAGUUUAGGGUACACGACCAAGAACUUCAGCUACGGCUACACGUUCAGCCCGGAGAUGCACCUGAUCGUCAACAACGAACGGAUAGCGGCUCUAACGGGUACAAUAAGGAACGCGUGGAAGAACGACGUGCUGCAGUGCGACGUAGACUUGUUCUAUCGAACGAAGAGGAUCUGGAGCAAGCUGGUUGGCUACGUGGUAAAGAGGAACGCGAGUCUGGCAAGCGACUUCCAGCUGGAUUAUCAGAUGCAGAAGAUGCCGAGGAAAGAGACUCUGAGAUUCGAGAUAUCGCUAGCGAACCGUUCCUCGAAGACGCUGACGUACAAGUCGGCUGACAUGAAGCUGCACUCCACUGCCUAUCCACAAUUGAACAGCGUGGUGACCGCCUGGUAUCAGCAGGCGCUGGGUCACCUGGAACUGCACGCAGAGGUGAACUCAAAGCCUCACUUGAUGGACGACCGUCACAAGCUCACGAUUCAGUUGAUCCUCUCGUACUCGAAGAUGUACUUCCGGAAUCAGGACACGAAAUUCAGCGCAUUGAUCGCUAUCACGAAACCUAUACAGAACUUGGACAUCAGACUGGGGCUCAAGCACUACGCCAUGGGACCCGAAUCGAAGAGCAGCUUGCUGAUAGGAUACGCUCCAGGAAAAGAAGUCGUGCUGACGGUGAAUCUGCUGAUGCCACGUGGACUGAUGUUCGCCAUGGAGGGUCACGCGAAUCUAUCGAUUCCCAACUUCAAAUCGAUGCUGAUGGACGUGCGGAUCACGGAGAGGUCGAAGCGUUUUUACGACCUUGAGUUCAGGGAGAUCUCGUUCACCGGGUACAACGUGACGGCCAAGGGCACCUACGCGGACAAAUCGGUCACGUCCACUAUGAAUCACAGUCUGAAGCUGAUCCUGAAAUCUCCGACGUUCGCCAGCGACAUUCUGCUACAGUGCAAGCUCUACCGUAACUACAACGAUUUCAGCCUGAUCGUGUCCGUGGAGCAGGUCGAACGCGACAAAUACGCGUUCAUCUUGAACCACACGGUCAAGUCGCCUACGAACUUCGUUUCGUACAUCGAGGGCAGGUACAAGGGCAACGUGUACUGGGUCAUGGCAAACGUCAACUCGGAAGGAUCUAGGUUGACCGAGAUCCAGAUGGACGUGCAUUUGGAUAAAUGGAGGGACAUCCGGUUAGAGUUGACCGGCGCUAACGUUGAGAACAAGAAAAGAUUCGGCGCCAUGGUGAAAUGGGACGCUAACCGAGAUCCCAUGCAGAAGCUAGGGAUCACGUUCUCGUUCGAAAAGACGGUUCCAGUGCUGACCGAAGACGGUUUCCCGUCGAAGAACAUCAGCACCGAGCUCACUUUCAUUUAUCCCGGUCGCUUCAUUACCAGCUUCUGCCUGUUGUCUCUUAGAAGAGAUUACAACUACGUCGUGGACGCUGGGAUCGACUGGGACCCUGAUCGAGUGAAUAAGAUUGGACUGUUCAUUGCUACGCAGUACGACGUGACGCCGGAUACGAGGCUGAUGAUGGUCGAGGGCCACUUCCUCACGCCCUUCGAGAACUGGAGGAAAACUGCUUUAAGCGCCAAAUACCUGCGGGAACAAAGCAACAUCAAGCUAAGCGGAAGCGCCCAUUGGAAGGAUUCUCAGGUGUUGAAGGCGGAAUUCGACGGCAGCACCUCGGAGCACGACAGAGUUAAAGAAUGGAAAGCGAACUGCGCGAUCUCGAGCUCGAUUCAUUCCAUCACGUGGGUAAUCAUGAACGUCACCCACAAGAUAGUCGAAUCCCAGGUCGCGGACACUCGUCUGUUAGUGAAAUACAACCCAGACAAAGUGAUCGAGGCGUGGAGCAUCUGGUUCCUGGACAAGAAAUCCGACAGCGUGUUCAAUCUAACAGGGAACCUCCACCUCGAGUCCCCCGUGACCAGUUAUAAGAAGACGGACAUGAAGUGUCAGCUGCAGAUCCUGCCCGACUGGAAGUUCCUGGGCAUGGCGAAUCUAGACCUGGACAAGAGGACCUAUACGACAAGAUUGAUCGGCGACGUGCGUCGCAUCAAAGAGUCCAUGGUGCAGUUCAAUGUGACCACGCCGCUCGAGAAGCUGUCGUUCGUCCGUGGACGGUUCGGCUUGUCGGAGAGCAACCGGCACGCGGUCGCCGAGGUCGUGAUACCCAGUGGCCCCAUAGGCGUGGAGGCUCUAGCGCAGUUCUUCACGUCGGAGUACGACUGCAACGUGAAGCUUUCCCUCGCGACGCCGCUGGAGUUGCUCCAGCGGAUCCUCCUGAUAGCGAAGCUGAACAACCGGGAAGCGGAUUUCAGGGCGGCGUACAACAACAUGACCGCCGGCUUCCAAGGUGUCUGGCACUACAGGAACAUCACCGAUUUCCACUACACUUAUCUACUGUUCACACCUGUCUCCGAGCUAGAGGAGAUCGGGAUGGUGGCGAAACUGAUCGUCGCGACCACGGACGAGGGCAAGCUGGACGUAGACACGGAGUUCUCAAUCAGGCUAGUCGAGGUGCAGCUCGGCGUCCGAACGAAGGCUGGCCCGAAACCGCCGCCAGUUAGCAUACCCAUCAAGCCUCCCAUUAGCGUGACGAACGAUUCGCAAAUCGAGGACGAGAAGAGCCCGGAUUAUCUGGAGGAGUACGAAGAGGACACCAGCCUCUAUUGGCACGGCGAGAUGGAGCUGCAUCCGGCAAUCGUCGAGCCGGUCGUCGCGGAGCUGGACAUAGAUCACGAGGGACCGAAUUACAAGAUCUACGGGCACUUGGACUGCUUCUCUAGGAGGAUUCUUCUCGAUGACACCUUCUACUUAGAGGAUUUGUUCAAUAUGAAGAACGAAUUAAGCAUAGUGACGCCGUUCGCGUUCGCGAACGAGAUCGUCUGCGUGAACGCAUUCCUGAUGGACAUGGAGACGCCCAGCUGUACUAUGCAGUUAGCCGUGAACAUCAGACGGAACGAGGUCUGGCACGAGUCAGGCAUGAACCUGUACUACACCUACAACGAAAGCGAGACCGACGACUCGCAGACUCGGUUCCUCAAGGUUGACUUCAAGACUCCUCUAAAGUUCCUCAAGUAUCUAAACACGAACACUGUGAUGGUGGUGGAUGAAAAUUUCUAUAAAACGACCGUCAAGAUACACGCGCCGAACGCGAUGAUCCAUCUGUCGGGAUCUUUGGAGACCGAGGACGCGUUGAUCGACACGGUCCUCGUAGCUGUGGUCGACACGCCACUGUUGAAGCUGCCGCAGACGACGGUGGUCGUGAAGAGAGACUUCACCGCGAAGGAGAAAUACGUGAAAGUCAGCGUGGAUGUCGUGGAGCCAGUAUCCAAGUCUUUGUUCUUCCAGUCGGAGUGGUACGCGAUGGAGGACCGCUUGAGAGCCUCCGUAGCGCUGAGGACUUGGAUCGAGUCCUUGAAGAACGUCGAGGCGGACGUCGCUUACGAGAACGUGCCAACGAACGACACGGCGUACCUGACGGCUCAACUGAAGCACUUGGAGGAUCGAUUGUACAAGCUCGUUGGCAAUUACAGCGGAGGAACUGUCGAAGGUGAAUUGUACACGCCGACGGUGCCCAAGCCGCAUUUCGUGUUCCACGGGGAUUUGAAGAAGGAAAAUGACACUGCGCAUCACUUAGAGGGCGAGCUCGUGAACACCGUAACCGCGGAGAAGAAAGCGGUGUCGGCUACUUUCGUCUCGAAGGGUAUGGUCGAUGGCCAACCAUCCUCGAAGAUGCUUGCGUCCAUGAAGCUGCAGUCUAGAUCGAACAACGAGGUUACACUUGUGAAGCUAGUUAAGGAGAAUUAUGGAUUAAAGAUAGGCGUGGAUGGGCCAGCAGCGAACGGGACGCUAGAGAUGAACUUCAUCAACUCGUUGAACUGGGACCUGAGGUUGGACGGGGACUUACUCGAGGGGUCAGGCGAGAAGGGACGCUACCAGGUGGCCACGUUUAUGAACGUCCAAGUGAACGGGGACGCGAAUCUGUAUAUUCACGCCGCGACGCCUACGAAGGAUUUGAGAGACCUCACGCUGAAGGGGAAUAUGUGGCUGCGCAAAGAAGGCAACAAAAUUGGAAUCUCCAACGAGUUGAACGGGGACAGACAGUACAUGAACGUCGAGUGGAAACUGAUUCACAUGGUGGACAUGUUCGGCUCGGUCGUCGGUGGCUACCAGAUACGGGAUUACGGUAGUAAAGAUGUAGUCACCAAGUUGUACUUCAAGAACCCUGGUCGGGUGUACCGCAAUGUCGAUUUGGGUUUCGACGUGGACCUCGAUAAAGAAGCAUGGAAAUUCGGAGCGAACGCGACCAUCGGUUUCCUGAACACCGACAACAUCGACGGAGUGUUCAUGGUCAGACUGCCGCCGCCUGACAACGAUGAUCAUCGGUUUCUGAUCAGCUAUCACGCGAGGUCCGGUAUUCAGGACGUUUCUUACGUGAUAGGAUACAACACUGUGAAGGCUAAGACGAACUACGCCUCCGAUGGCACGUUAUUCAUGGGCAGACGUGAAAUCAGUGGACAUCUGAGGGCAUCUUGGGGGAUGCUGCCUAUUCAGUCCAUCAACAACCUCUUCAAUGUCACCAUCGACAACAAAGAAAUCGACCUAAGAUACUCAUUGUUCACUCCGAAGUUCCAACAACAAGAGACACUGGUGUUCGUGUUCAAUUACGACGCGACGCUGGACACCGACAGACGACUGAUAAACGCGGAAGUGUAUUACCCAGCCAGCACGCGCUUCGGUUCAGCGAAUGUAUCCUACGAGAGCCUAGUGAACGUUAACGGGACCUUGAACGCAGUUUUGCCCAUGGGGAACAUCACGCAAAUCGGAUGUCAAUUCGUGGUGUUCACUACAUUGCAGCACAACAAGAGAUACGUGAAGGUAUUUUGGCCCCAGAAUACCGCCAUCUUGAAUUCGGACUACACCUACCGCAGCGAAAAGCUAGAUUCCGAUCUCGACGGGCUGCUGCACGUAGAGGUUCCCCUGCAAACUCGCCACAUCGGUCACUUGACGUACGGUUACCAGAAACGACCGCAGGUGACCACGGGUUACUCGGAUUUGAAGUACAACGAGAACAAGGUUCUCCAAGGCCGCUACAACUCGAAGAGCGAGUCCAGGGCCGGGUUCGAGAAGGACCACAUUCAGAUCACGAUCGAGAACUCGUUCAAGCCACUCGGCAUCGUCUACGUGAACCAGUACGAGUACAGCGCCGGGAACGAGGGUACCAACUACCCAACAGUGGAGUACAAGCACGUGAACGUUUACCAGCUGAACAACAAGACCGCGUUCAACGUGGCCGGCGAGUCGCGUAUAAAGACGUUGCACACCGGCAGGGAGAUCCACCUGAAGGCCAUCCACUCGAACAGGACCGUAGAGCUGAAGACGGAUUACCAGGUGCUGCCUGGCGAGUUCCUGCAGAACUCAACUCUCAGCUUAGCGAAGGACGUUUGGCUGUCGUACGAGAUCAACAUCGUGAACGAGACCACGGAGGACAUGGAUCACCAGACCAUGCUGCUCAGCGUGUCCUACCCUCAAAGGGAGUUCAUCCUGAACGGCUCGUACUUCAUCCAAAGCAACUCGAUCCGGUCGUUCCUACAGCUCGACUGGGACCAACAAACGGAUCAACCCAGGAACAUCGGCGCCUUGUUCAACUGGGAGAACAGUACCUAUAUUGUACCGCAGCAGACAGCCACGAUCGGCCUGACGCAUCCCAGUUUCUUCAAAUCCGUGUUCUUGAAAGGCAGGUUGAUGAAGCGGAAUCCCAGGGAUCUGCUGAACGCUGACGUAACCGUGGAUUAUUCCGAGGACCAGAGCAAAGUAUUCACGCUGUCCGCGUUGCUGCGGGACGAGAGUAAGGCGCCUAGCACUAGGAAAUACUCUUACAAGAUAACUGGAAGGCACCCGAGCACCAAGUUCGAGCUCGAUCUACAGGGGUCCGUUCGCAAGUACGAGAACACCUGCUUCGAGAUCGUCAACAACGCCAACUACAAGCGUAGCUAUUUAGCGGGCGAAGCUGGACAACUGAACUCUCGUUUGGAUGUCAUCAAGAAGGAGGUGAUGUUCCAACGUGAGUACAACGAGGCGAAGAAAUACUUGUACGUCAGGUAUUAUCCGUCCGAGAGGACGUACGUUGUGAACGGCAGCGUGGUUAACACGCCGGAUCUUAACGCUACCGGAGACUUCCUGUUCGACCCUGGGGAGAAGUUGACGCAGAUGAUGGUAAACUACACUCCGGACGCCGUGGAGAGUUUGCGCAUGUACGGGAAAAUUCCGGACGCCCGGUACGCCGUCUUCAACAUAUGGAGGACCUACGAGGAUGAUUAUUCCAUAUCCGACGUGUCUUUCUACUUGAAACUGAAUCACUCCAGAUUAGUCACCUCGACCCUCCGCUGGAGACCCGAGCUGAGGGGCGACGUCACGAAUGGCAUAAAGAAUACAGCGAUGGAUUUGUACAACAGCAUAAACAACGACGUCGAUUACUGGAAGCAGUACGUGAAAAGCGAAACGGUGAACGUGAUCUCGGACGUUUGGGACGACGCUCAAGAGGAUCUCCAGCAGUUCCUCGACGACUGGAACGACCUGAAGGAGCUGCAGACCGACUUCGACGAGCUGAAGACGUACUUGAACAACUCGUACAACGCGAACGACUUCUACAUCAAGGACAUGGUCACCUGCGCGAUCUACGUGAUCGACGAGCUGUCGCUGCGACACCACAUCGAGUCGCUGCCGAACAUCUUGAACGAGAUAUGGGCAAUAAUGGGCGAGUCGGGUAAGGCGAUCAGACACCUGCUGCUCUACGUGGUGAACGCCGUUAAGAAUGCGUUCAACAACGUCUCCGAGAUAAUCGCGGCGAUUCUGCGAGGCGACUCGUUGACGCAGGUAGCGAACAUCAUCGAGAAGCUGAUCGAGCAGUACGACAAGAUCGUGAAGGACCUCCACGUGUCGUUCAUAAAAUACAUGGAGAAGCUCUGGCGCAACGUCUCGCAGUCGAUCUCCCAACAAUGGAAUCGGUUCCUGUUGUUCAUCGAGCCGCUGUUCAUCCGUUGUAUACAUUACUUGGAGACGCUGGCGUGGAAGGUGAGCAAAGAGGUCGUCGACUUCCUGUACGAUCGCCGGAACGAUCUGAUCUCUUCCCCCUACUUCGACCGGUUUACGAACCUCACCCAAGACGUGGACAAGUUCUAUCGGGACAUCAAGUCGAACGACAUCGUGACGAACGUUCAGAAGUACACCGGUCUGGUGAUACAGUUCUUGAAGGACAGGUACGUCAUGUUCGUGCCGUUCGGCAAGGAACUGAAAGACGUCGUCGACGAGAUCGUCACGGAGCUGAAGGAGCUGCAGAAGUUGCCCUCCAUCCACUACGCUAUGGAGAAAAUGCAACAGCUGUUGGACAGGGCGUACUACGUCUAUGACUACCUCGAGAUACGCUGGAAACUGGAGGCCGUUGCUCGGCUGAUUCACUCGAAGCUGAUGGACAUCGGCCAGUCGGCCCUGCAAUCCGAGAACCAGUAUCGCGAGGCUAAAACGAAGUUCAUCUUCGACCCGAAUCAGGGACUCAUGUGCCUGGAACAGAAGCUGCCGAUGUCCUGGCACGCGUUCAACCAGACCCCGGAGUUCCACGAGAUUCCGGAAUUCAAGGCCGUCUCAGACAUCAAAUCCUACUUCGCGUCAUCGAACGUCACCUUCUGGAGCCUGUAUCGGUACAAGCUGUACAUGGAGCCUAUUAAUUGGCUACCACCGUUUAGAGCUCAAGCGAUGAUCAUUGGACCGCAAGACUUCGUCACUUUUGACGGUCGUCACGUGGUGUUCGCGAGACCUGGCACGUAUUUGUUAGCCCGCGACUUUGUUCGGGAUACGUUCACCAUUCUUAUAAAAUAUGACCUUCAAUCGGACCAAGUUACGCACAAAAUCAUUAUCCUGAUGGGAAAGAAAGCUAUCGAGCUGAAUAUCUUCGACGACUCCAUCAAGAUCAUGUCCGAGGAUUCGCCAAGCACACUGACCAACCUCAAGCUUCCCAUCGAACUGGAGAACGGGACCACGUACGUUUACCAAGCGGAGAACGUGAUUACCGUGGAACGCAAGCAAAAUCAGCUGCGACUGGAGUGCAACUUGAAGUUCGACCUAUGCACCCUGGAGCUGUCCGGCUGGUACCACGGCAAGACCGCUGGAAUCCUCGGAACGAUGAACAACGAGCCAAUGGACGACACGAUCGACUCGAUUUACAAGAACAUCACCUACGGGGUAGAAAACCGAGGCGCAAAGCCAAAAGACGAAGACGACGAGGUCGCGCUCUUCUGCGAAGAUCUGUUUGUCAACAGAAGCUCCGAGUUCUCGUCUUGUUACGACGUCGUAGGGCCCGGGGAGUACCACAGGAUGUGUGAGCUAAGUAAGAGCAAACCAGAAGCCUGCACGGUGGCGUUGAGCUACAUACAGAUCUGCACGUUCCGCGACACGUAUCUGAGGAUACCGGACGCGUGUACCAGCUGCAACAUGGUGAACGGCAGCGAAGUGGCGGAGGGUCAGUUCAAGAGGUUGGAAGGCGAUAACGUGCCAAUGUCGACCGACGUGGUAUUCAUCGUCGAAGGCAAAGAGUGCAAUCGCGGGAUCGCGCAAAACCGCAGCAUGGAGCAGCUGGUCACGCAGCUGAGCAAGGAGUUCAAGGAUCAAGGACUGGCGAACAGCCGGUGGUCGCUAGUCGUUUUCGGGGCGGACGGUGUUUUCGAUCAGCCGAGGAGCGUCAUUUUCGAUGGGCAGAUCUUCACGAAGAACGCAGUGCGGUUCAUAGAUUACUUCGACCAUGUGCCGAUCGGCAAUGGCAACCGCGACGUCUUCGCGGCGAUCGUGUUCGCCACGAAGCUCGUCUUCAGGGCUGGAGUCUCGAAGACGUUCAUACUGAUGCCUUGCUCGCACUGCGAGCCGGAGAACCAAACACUGGAUUACACAGUACUCCAAGAAGCCCUACUCGAGCACGACGUCACGCUCCACAUAUUGAUGGACGGUGACUUCGAAUUCGAGAAGGAGAGGCUGAACAAGAUUUUCUACGGAUUGGACGCGACCAAGUCGUACACGAAGAAGGAUUCCAGAACGUUGACCGGCGACGUUGAUCUGAGGAGGCAGGUGAAACUCUCGAAGAAUGCGUUGGGUUAUUGCACUCCCUUGUCGUUGGAGAUCAACGGGACUAUAUUCAGCGGCGACAAACUGCGUUACGACAAGCUGACCUCGGUCAAGAAGUUCGUCAGCGUGUUCUCGAAGAGGGUGGCGUUGACCGCGCUGCCGAAUCCUUGCCAGAACUGCGAAUGCACCGCGAACAAUAACGGAGUCACGCAAAUGGAGUGCAUACCCUGCAUUUAUCCGACCUCAGUCAUGGUAGAUUACCAGGAUGCAUUUAAUCUGAACGAUUCACUGACAGCCCUACAUCCGUUGAACAUUGAUUACGGGCAGAUCGACAUCGACGACAAUUGAGAGUACUAACGAAGGUAUAUACAUAGUAGACUAAGGAAUGUGUAUCUGAGAAAUGUGUAUCGACGAACGGAGCACUCACCUUUCGAUGAUAAGUAUUUAAGAGACACAUCUUCGCGCAACGUUGCGCCGCAACGUGAACUAUCGUACGUGUCAUGUAUUGUAAGUUCAAUGUAGUUAACAUUACAUAUUUGUAAAAUAGUAUUCUAUUCGAUGUUUAUUUGAUAAUAACACGAGAGGAAUAAUACGUGUACGCAUAGAUAAGAUAGAGCCAGUCUCUUUUAUUAAUUAACGACGUUACGCACCUCUUCAAUUUCUUUCUUUUUUUUUCUGCGAAUCUCGUACAAUCGACGAGACGAAAUCAUCGCUUCGUUAAGAGAAUUUUUAUCCAGAUGAAAAGAAACGUAACAAUAUCGAUGAAAUUAACAUAAAUCCGUCGCAUGUUACGAAUAACUUACAAUAGGAGUCGCAUUUGUCAUUAUUUCUUUUCGUUUUUCUUUUUUAUACAAUUUUUGAUUGGUCCUUUUCGAAGUACUAAUUACCGACAUUUUACAAAUCGAUUAAAUUGUGGUGUUUUAAACGCGAUGCCAUUCGUUCGUUUAUUACUCGGAUCGUUAACAACGAAUAAAAUAUUAUGUCUCGUAACCAUUAUAUAAGAUGGCUAUAAAAUAAUUAAGAUUAUUUAAUAUACAGACAUUUUAAAGGUA